AUGUCGAAAUACCUCGCGUUGGGCGCAUUGGCCUUGCUGGCACCUUCGGUGUAUGCGCAAAGUUGCAUAUCGUUGGCCAGUUCCCAAGCCUGUCGUGCGUUCAAUGCCUCUUCGAUUUCUACAGACUCGGAUUUAGUCAAUCUCUAUCCUUUCCUUACCUAUGUUAAAACGGUAGAAGACUUCGAUACGCAACUAAACCAAUAUGUUUCCCAGCAGUAUGUUCAGACCAAAUAUGUCAACAUCUUUGGUUGCGACAACGUCACCCUGUCUAACACCACCUCGUACUAUGCGAGAUAUACACGGAGUUUCAUAUGCAAUGGCAUUAUACAAAACUCGAAGCAGGCUUGCGGCCUGUCCACCACCGACUCGAGCCCGUUGUGCGCCGACUCUUGCGCCGAAUUCGCUCUGAGCGAGGAAGAGAUCGUUUCGAGCAGCUUGUGUAGGGGUCGGAAUAGUGACUAUGCGGACGAACUCAGAGCAGACUUCACCAAUUGCGCCUUGCCAGCCAACUCUAUUAGCGGCAGCUGCAUCUCAGGCGAAACGAACGAACCCAACAAUUGUGGAUUCGGCGACAACUUGAUGGGUCUGUGCAACUUCUGUCGAUCAAGCACCGAGAAUGGUACCGAUUCGUGCUGCUUCACCUCCAAUGCCCAAGGCCGUUGUGAGGAUGUCACUCUUCCCGUAUUCUCGACAAUAUCCGGUCUGCUCUCCUCUACAACGAGUCCCACCUCUUCGCCAACCAGCAGCGCAAGCGCGUCUGCUGCCGCCCCUGCUGCCGCCUCUGCUGGGUCCCACAGUGAUGGUCUUAGUGGCGGUGCUAUUGCCGGCAUCGUUGUUGGAUCAGUUGUGGGAUUCCUGCUCCUUUGCGGGCUCAUUGCGCUUGCGGUCAUCUGUUUGCGCCGCAGACGGAACCAGAGCACCGCAGGCAGUCUCCUCAAUCAACCAUCACCGCACAGGAAAGGUGGCCCAGGCUCGUCAUCGUACCAACAACCCAUGACCCAACCAGGCUACGAAGUUCUGCCCGGUGGCCGAGUUGCUCGCAUGUCGGCGCUACAAGACGACCAGGCACCCGUGAUAGGACCACGCAACAACUACACGUCGCACACCGAUGUCUAUGGCGGCAGCCCAGAAUCCCACGGGAAGGGACUCGUCGCAGUCAAGCAUGAUGGAUCUCCCGGUAGCGAUUCACAAACCGGCAGUUCCCCUGAUUUCUCGUCGCCUGAAGGUGUGGCUAGUGGUCAAUCUGAGCAAUUACCCUUCUUCAAGGAUUACUAUUCCAAUGACGACAUUCAUCCCGGCGACAAGGUUUCUGUGCUGUGGGCCUAUCAACCUCGCGCUGGUGACGAAUUUGAGCUUGAAAGGGGUGACAUGCUGAAAGUGGUUGGAAUUUGGGACGACGGCUGGGCGACUGGAGUCCGGAUCAACGACCGAGCCGAGGACUACGACGGCAAGCAUAAGGUGCAGCGAGACAGUGGUGUCUCCAACGGCUCCACAAACCGAGAAGAAUCACCCACAUCAUCGGGAGAUAUUAAAGCCUUUCCGUUGGUGUGUGUGUGCCUGCCGGAGGCAUGGAAGAAGACAGUAGAGGGCGACACUGGCACAGAAGGCGGCGAAGGCCUCCCUCCAGCAUGA